GUUUUGACUUUUGACAGUGUCGUUCGUAUAUGUCGUAUUUCCCUUCCUCCAUGGUAUUUCCGUUCAUUUCUUUAAAAAUUGUCUAAUCGGUAAUUUCUCAAAGUAAUAUGUCUAAAGUAAAGCAAAAUAGAAAGCGAAAACAUGAACCUAAAACCACCGAAGAUGUAGAAUUUGAAAUAGAUGUUCCUAAAGUGAAAUUUCGGCCGUUCGACGAGCAAGCCCAGGCAGAGGAAGAACAUUUGUCCCAUAUUCUUUUCGGGGGCGCUACGAGUUUCCUUCAAUGUUUGGAAGAGGCGGAACAAGAGGCCGGCCCUUCGCAAUCCAAUACUGACUCUGGAGUGGGCGAAGAUGACAGUGAUGAGAAUGAAAACGUCAGAAAACCAGCAUGGACCGAUGAAGAUGACGAUGGUAUUGACGUUGGCCAAGCACUGGAGAGUCAAAGACGAAAAUUACCUUCGGGUGGAAUUAAUUCGAGGGAUAAUAAGUAUUCUAAUUUGUUAAAACACAAAUUUCAGGCUGCCGUAGGCAAUCCAAAAUGGGCUUCUUUGAAUAAACGAAAAAGGUCUGAAUCUGAUUCCGAUGACGAAAUUCUGCAAAGUUGCGGAUUUAUUUCGAAAACAACAAAAUCACACAUCCCGCCUAGUGUUCUGGAAUUUAAAAAAGUUAAAGAUUUGAACUGUGAGACCUAUACUGAAGGCCCUACCAUAAAUUCCAUUGAAUUUCAUCUAAGUUCAAGUGUAGCUUUGGUUGCUGGUAAUGGUGCUAUAGCUACCCUAUUUGCUGUUGAUGGUAGAAGAAAUAAUAAGCUACAUAGUAUAGCUUUCCAGCAUUAUCCCAUUCUAUGUGCAAAAUUUCUGCAAAAUGGCAAUGAAGCUUUAUUGGGUUCAAGACAUUCACAUAUCUUUAGUUAUGAUUUACUUGCUGCAAAGCCUGUUCGGUAUACUCUACCUCAAGGGUUGACCCAAUGUAAGAAUUUUGUUGUAUCGCCUGAUUCACAGUUUGUUGCCAUAGCUGGAAAGUGGGGAGAAGUGCAUUUAUUAUCCACUGAUUCUAAAGAAAGGGUUGCCAUGUUAAAACAGGAUUCUGAAGUUACUGCUCUUACUUUUAAUCCAUCAGGAAACCUGCUAUUUGGCCACAGCGAUACCGGCGAAAUAACGGCAUGGGACAUGAAAAUGCGUCGGGUAAAACACAAAUUCAUCGACGAAGGGUGUCUACAAGGCACCACCCUCUCAAUAUCAUCUUCGAACCAAUUCCUAGCGGCAGGAUCGGCUCAAGGGGUGGUCAACCUGUACGGCAUGGAGGACGUUUUGAAAACAAACAUUCCCAAACCGAGAAAGAGUAUUCUGAACCUGACCACCUCUAUCAAGGAUCUAAAAUUCAACUCUUCAUCUGAAAUACUCGGUUUUUGUUCCGCCGAAAUACAGAAUUCAGUGAAGUUGUUCCAUUUAGGUUCUGGAACGGUGUUUAGUAAUUUUCCCAAUUUCGAUACAAAAAUGGGGCACAUCAAUGCGUUGAAUUUCUCGCCCAGCAGCGGCUUCCUCGCUUUCGGUAACAGAAAGUCGGUGGUCUCUUUGUAUAGGCUGAAACAUUUUAAGAAUUAUUAAAUUUCGAAGAAGAAAAAAGUUAGUAUGGUAAAUGUGAAUGUUUAUUCCAAUAAUCGAUUUUUAAGGUUAAAUUAUAUGAAAAUUAUCGAAGGAAGAUUCACAGGGUUUUAUCAAAGUGAUUUUGGUAAUUUUUUACAAAUGCAAAUUGGUAGGCAAGACCCGUCAAUUGGCUACAAUUUGUGAGAAGUUGAGAAAUCGACGCAAAAAUUUGACAAAAACAAACACUUUUUGAAGAUUUUUGGGGGGAAAUUAAUGGUGUGUGAUAUUAGCCCUUGUUAGGUAAUUUUGGACCAUUUUUUAUAAAAUUUAAUAAAUAACAUUCUGGCCUAAUUAUUGACCUGUAAGUAAAUUUUACUUUGGAAUAGUUUUGGCAUGCAAAUAGUAAAUUUAAAAAUAUUAACUCAACAAUAAUCCAUAAACAAUAUGUAACAAUAUACCCAAAAUUUUCUCUUCUUAAUUUAAAAGUUUUGUACUGAUAUAAAAGCCCACUUUCAAAAAGUAUGCAGUUGCAGUCUUACCAUUUUUUUUUUAUUCAUUAUCAAUUAGUGUGUGAACCUCUGUCAUUUGUGCUUUUCUAGCUGAUUUUCUGUUUUCAUCCACUAUCAUUUAUUAUGUGAUUUGUCUGUUCCAGAUUAUUUAGUUAAUAAAGCUCUGAUAGCAGUAUCAAUGAUCUACUAACAUAUCUGUUUGUUUUCUUACAUAAUUUGUUGCUGAUUUGUUCCAAUUAAAAUUGAUGAGUGAGUAUUUGAUAAUGAUUAAAGUGGUCUGAAAUUGCUUAGGUGAUCAGAUUUUCUAUUAUUAAUAAAAUAAUGACAUUAUGAUAUGAUACCAUGUAUCUGUUAUGUGUAUAAUAUUGAAAACGGCGUUAAGUAUAUUUAGGUAUUCAUGUAAUAUAUAUUAUAGGUGUAAAUGAUUUUCAAAAGUUUA